AUGGUCGACUAUCAGAUUGGAGACGGGAGGAGAUUUUACCUCUGGCAGGACCCGUGGCAUUAUCUUGGUCCUCUUAGUGUCACGUUUCCACAGGGACCAAGGCUACUCGGAAUGGAAGAAGCAGCUAGACUCAAUACGGUGAUUAGUGGAGGAGAGUGGCAGUGGCCUCUUAUUAUAGAUUUCGAGUGUAUGGAGAUCACACAUGCAUUACCCACGAUCCAUGGAGGGGAGGACUGUGUUAUUUGGAAAUUUGACCAGGGGCUUCCCACAACUCAGGCUCUGUACAGGUUAUUUGAUCCCCGGGGACCGAAAAUAGGCUGGACUUCACUACUUUCGGGAUCAUUGAAGAUUCCGCGUCAUUUAUUCAUCCUAUGGCUUGCUAUCCUUGGCAAGUUGGCCACAACGGAUAAACCAUGGUUAGUCCACCUUGGCCCUUGUGUCCUGUGUGAUGAGGGAGCGAUGGAGACGCAUGGACAUCUACUCUUUCAAUGCAGAUUUAGUCGACAGUGUCUCACUGCAAUCCGGAGAAUGGUCCGAUUUUCUUGGCCCAAUAGAGACUGGCAAACGGAUGUUGAUUGGGCUUCCCAGAGAUGGAGGGGUAAGCACAUCGUUAACAUGGCUUAUCGGGCACUAUUAGCAGCAUGUAUUUACCACAUUUGGAGGGAGCGAAACUUGAGACGAUUCGAGCAUACCGAGAGAACAGCUAGCACCACGGCUUUAUUAAUAGUUGAGGAUAUUAGACAAUGGAUUCUUAGCAUUACUCUACCUACAUCAGUCAGUAAACGAGCUUUAUAUAGACUAUGCCGUACCCCAUAG